AUGUCGCAAACAGAUUCCGGGAGAGUGUUGAGCAUUCAAUCGCACGUCACAUUUGGCUAUGUAGGAGGGAAGGCUGCAGUAUUUCCUCUGCAAUGUCUAGGAUACGACGUUGACGUCGUGAACACUGUAAACUUCUCCAACCACUCUGGCUAUGGGCGAUUUGGUGGGUCGAGAACAAGCGCUGCAGAACUCGCUGCAAUUUUUCAGUUAAUGGAACAAAAUGGUCUAUUACUAUCCGAAAGACUUCUCACAGUAGGCUAUAUUCCGGGCGCUGAGGCCCUGUCCACUGUCAAAGAACUCGCGGCCAAGAUGCGGGCAAAUAACACCAACUUGAUAUACCUUCUUGAUCCCGUGCUAGGAGAUUCGGGAAAGCUGUACGUCGCACCAGAUACGAUACCAGUAUAUCGAGAAGCCCUGCAACAUGCCACAAUCAUCACGCCCAACUGGUUCGAAGUAGAGGUUUUGACAGAUAUACGGAUAUCCGACAUGAACACUUUGCGUCGUGCGAUCCAAGUCCUCCAUACAAAAUACCACGUUCCCAACGUCGUUGUCAGUUCUAUACCCCUCCAGAGCUGGCUCACGUCUGCGCUGCCUUCCUACAUUCGUCCAGGCCUCGAGUCACGCGACUCAGACUUUCUCGUAUGCAUCGCGUCCUCAGUAAAGAGCUCAGAACCCGGACGUACGGAGGACGGAAACUGGUCAGCCACAGUCCACGCGCAAUGCAUUCCAUGCAUUCCAGGCUACUUCUCCGGCGUCGGCGAUCUCUUUUCUGCGCUCCUCCUCGGCCACUUCAAGCCUUCAUCCUCCAUCACUGCCCCGCACCUGACAGCUACCUCAGAGACGGAGACGCCGCUCUCACGCGCCGUCUCACAGGCGCUCACAAAGACUCACGCGAUCCUCACGCUGACGCACGAACAUGCUGUGACGCUGCCGGAGGAGGACCGCCUGCCGACAGACGAUGAACUCGACGCGAGCAAACCCGACAGGAAAAUUAGGCGAAUGCGCGGUCGCGAGCUCCGGCUCAUCCAGGCACAGGACAUUAUUAGAGGCACGAAGCAGGUAGAGUACAGGCAGAUGGUGCCUUGGACCGACUUUUGGCAGAUGGAGAACACAUAA